GUAAAACAAAGCACCGUACAAAGAGCAGCAUGUUGAUGAACGGGUCUGUUUUGAAGGCGUUUGGCUCUGUACAGAGUGUGCGCUUCUUCAGUGCCUCCCCGGUAUCGAUGGUGAAGAAGUCGAUUCUUAAGAUUAGAGCUACAGAGAGAAAAGAGGUCAACUUAUUGAGACAGAAGUACAUCUCAGAGAAGAACUCCAACGUUGAUCCUGUUCUUGGCCUUCCAAACAACCCAUUCUUGAACAGAAUUGAUGCUGAAUCUAAGGAGCCAAACGUGCUUGGUAGAAGCUACCAACUUCCUGAGUUGGAGAAGCUCCUGUAUGGAGCACAAGAGGCAUCUGUUAAGGAUUCGUAUGCCAGUGCCUCUGUUAGUGAUUCCAGCUUGAGACAAAGAGAAGCUGUGCUUCGUAUCUUGAGCAUGAAGAACAGAGCAGACGCGGAAGUUCUGAAGUUCAAGAUCGGCCUUGCAAAGAAGGAGUUUCAAAGAUUUGAAGGUGAUACUGGCUCCUCUGAAGUUCAAGCAGCAGUUGCGACUGUUAGAAUCCAUCAUCUGUACCAUCACUGUAAGGACAACAAGAAGGAUCUUCAAAACGUGAGAUUGUUGAGAAUGAUUGUACAAAAGAGACAAAAGAUCUUGAGAUAUUUGAAGAGGGAUAACCCGGAGAGAUACUACUGGGCCAUCAACAAACUGGGUUUGACCGAUCAUAUUGUUCACAUGGAGUUCAACAUGGACAGAAGAUACAUGCAAAAGUUCAAGAUGUAUGGUGACCGUAUCUUGAUCAAGGAAUCUAACAAGAUCCAAGAAGAAGAGCGUAAGCAGAGACGUAAAGAGAAGAAGCUUUUGAAACACAAAUCACUAAAUGAGCUGAGAAGCAUGAAGAGAGCUUUGUCAAAGCCUUGAAAUAUUUUUGAAAGCAAACCAUCAUCAUCCUUGUAAAUAUCAACUCUGAAAAUCUACAUAUUUCAUAUAUAGAAGUUUUCUG